GAGGAGGACGAUGCAGCCAUGAUGUGGACAGACAGACGGCAGGGACGGAGUCCAGCACCGAGCUCAGACCUUCGGUCAUGUUCAGCACACGACCAGCCUGGGACUCUGGCCACGCCCCCUGCCUGCAGGAGCUCUGGAAGCGAGACACCUCAUUGGACGCGGGUUCUCUGGACUUCCUGAUGAGUGAUGAGGACGAGGGUUCCUUCCUGUCUCUGCCGGUCUUCACACAGCGCCGCCUGAGGAGCAGCCAAUCAAACGCCCCCGUCCAGGAGCGGCGCGUCCAGACUCUCCAGGAUCAAGUCACUGAGUUCCAGAACCGUCUCCAGUCUGAGGAGGAGACGAGCGUCCAGCUGGGAGGAAGAGGAGGAGGAGGAGGAAGAGGAGGAGGAGGAGCUUUGAGGCUCACAGAGCAUCCAGAUCAUUUCAGCUGUGUAGAGAAGGAGCAGCUCGUUACGCGGCUGCACACACAGGUGGAGGAGCUGGAGGAGAAGCUGCUGGAUCAGAGUCAGGAGGUGGAGAGACUCCGCUCCGAGCUGGGGGCGACAGACCUGGAGAAGCAGCUGGAGCUGCUGCAGGUGGAGAACCAGCGUCUGAAGCAGGAGCUGAAGUCAUGCAGGAAGGAGGGAGGCUGCAGCUGCAGCCAGGAGGCGGAGUCUGCGCGGCGGGAGGCGGGGCUGUGGCAGGGCCAGGCCCGGCAGGCGGAGCGGCGGCUGCAGGAGGAGCGGCGGCGGGCGGAGGCUCUGCAGGAGCAGCUGGAGCGGAGGGUCCAGCACGCGACCCAGGCGGAGGAGGCGGAGUCAGGCGACGCCCGCAAGACGGCGAGCGAGCUGCGGGCGAAGAACGGCGUCCUGCAGGAGCAGCUGGCGGCCCAGGGGGCGCUGCUGCGCCAGCUGGAGGCGCAGCUGCACGAGUCCCAGAGGAGCUGCACACAGCUGCGCACGCAGAUCCUGGUCUACGAGGGGGAGAUGGAGCGGGCCCAGGGCCAGCUGGAGGCCGAGAUGCAGAACCUGGAGGAGGAGAAGAACCGGGUCAUCGAGGAGGCCUUCGUCCGGGCCGAGAGCGAGAUGAAGGCCGUGCACGAGAACCUGGCCGGCGUCCGGAUGAAUCUGCUCAGCCUUCAGCCGGCGCUGCGAACUUUGACCUCCGACUACAACAGUCUGAAGAAGCAGGUUCAGGAGUUUCCCUCCAUGCUGGAGAACGCUAUCAGGGAGGCCAAGCAGGAGAUCUGUCAGGUGAUCUCUCAGGUCAGCUCCACCAAUCAGGAGCUUCUCUCUAAAUACAGGCGGGAAAUGAACCUGAGGAAGAAAUGUCACGACGAGCUGGUCCGGCUGAAAGGUAACAUCCGGGUGUUGUGCCGCGUCCGUCCCGUCCGCCCGGAGGAGCAGGACUCCGCCGGCGCUGAGACGCUGCUGAGCUUCGACUCAGAGGACGACGCCGUCCUCCACCUGUCCAGCAGGGGCAAGGUCACCACCUUCGAGCUGGACCGGGUCUUUCCCCCCCAGGCCUCGCAGGAGGAGGUGUUCCUGGAGGUCCGGGAUCUGGUCACUUCCUGUAUUGACGGCUUCAACGUCUGCAUCUUCGCAUACGGCCAGACCGGCUCAGGGAAGACCUACACCAUGGAGGGCGUGGCCGACGACCCCGGCAUCAACCAGCGGGCGCUGCGCCUGCUGUUCUCCCAGGUGACCGAGCGAUCCGCCGACUGGGACCACCAGGUCUCCGUCAGCAUGCUGGAGAUCUACAACGAGACGCUGAGGGACCUGCUGGUGGACCAGCCCUCGGAGAAGUUGGACAUCAAGCUGAACCCGGACGGCAGUGGACAGCUCUACGUCCCCGGACUGACCCAGUUCACCGUCCAGAGUCCCGAAGACAUCAACAAGGUCCUGGAGCUGGGCCACAGGAACCGGGCCACGGCUUGCACCAACCUGAACGAGCACAGCUCCAGAUCCCACGCUCUGCUGACCGUCACCGUGACCGGGUCCAACCCCAGCACCGGGACACACACCCAGGGCCGGCUGCACCUGGUGGACCUGGCGGGCUCGGAGCGGGUGGGGCGGUCGGGCGCCGCCGGCGGCCGCCUGCGGGAGGCGCAGUGCAUCAACCGGUCUCUGUCGGCGCUGGGCGACGUCAUCAGCGCCCUGCGCUCCAGGCACGCCCACGUCCCCUUCAGGAACUCCCGCCUCACCUACCUGCUGCAGGACUCUCUGGGCGGGGCCAGCAAGACGCUGAUGAUGGUGCAGGUGUCCCCGUUGCCGGGCAACGUGAGCGAGUCUCUGUGCUCGCUGAAGUUCGCGCAGCGCGUCCGCAGCGUGGAGCUGUCCUCGUCCUCGUCCUCGUCCUCCAGGAGACUCGACGCCUCGUCCGCCUCGUCCUCGCCGACCCACGACGGCGCCGAGCUGGACUCCCCCCCGGCCACGCCCCUCCCCCUCCCCCUGUCCCGAGCCAGCAGCGCCGGCUCCACCCUGUCCUCCACCCUGUCCUCCACCUCCAGGACCCCCAGCAGCUCCCGCAGGAGGUCCCAGUCCCAGCUGUCCUCAGGUCUGAGCUGUAGGAGGGCGGGAGGAGGAGGAGCCCCGCGCUCUGUCUGCCCCGCCCCCUCUGAGUCACUCUGUGGUCUGAUUGGUUGGUUUGCAGACAGACAGGUAGACAGAGGCGGCCCGCCGCCGGGGGACGGGGGACAGGAAGACUGAAGAUGACGGCCUGAGAGACGAGUUCAGGACCCCUCCUGAUGCUGACCCCCCCAGCCCACCCCCCCAAUCCUGACCCCCAGCCCAGCCCAUCCUCCUGACCCCCCUCCUCCUCCUCCUCAGCUCCUCCUCAGAGAUGGGCUCUGAUUGGCCGAGGUGUGCGGUUGCCGUCUGGUUGCCUGAUCAGUAUUCUUCUGUUGUUUUAUUUUGAAAGUUGCACUUUACGCUGGUUUGGGUUCUGCAGGUUCCUGAAGGUUCUGCAGGUUCUUGAAGGUUCUGCAGGUUCUGCAGGUUCCUGA